CGAUCGUUUGCCUUCCGCGACUCGCGCUGUGUCGAGUCCUCGAUUAGUAGCCAACCAACUCCGUCGAAGUCGAACAACAUUCAUUCAGUCGCCACGGGGAACGGUCGCCGCUAGCUCGUAUCGAGCAACUUACGCGGGUUUUCAAUGCAUUGCCUUCAACCGUAUACCAAAUAAUCUUAUCCAGCAUCGCCAUUGGGCGAUAACUUAUCGUGUGCUAUGACGCGACGGCACAUUUUAAAGUUCCUGCAAGAUAAGCGACGGUGGUGAUUAAAAUUUUAUUGUGUUCGGCUGGAGAAUGUGCUCGCGCUGACGUUCUCGCUAUAGAAAAAUCUAAUACCGUUACGUAGUGCUCGAUUGCAAUGUCGCUGUUUAAGAAGAAGGCACCGAAGUACACGCCGCCUCCAGUGCCGCCGACUCCCACGGAGGAGUACCAGCAGCAGAACGGAGCUGACAACAACAAUGGCACGCAGAAGUCACAGUUAGUGUUUCACUGUCAGCAAGCGCAUGGAAGCCCACUGGGGCUCAUCUCCGGCUUUUCCAAUGUCAAAGAGUUGUAUCAAAAGAUUGCAGAAUGCUACGAUUUUCCUGCAGAAGAUGUAAGUACAAACGUAUUCAAUCGAAUUAAGUUGUAAUUAAGUCGAGUUAACAAAAACAACUAAGUAAGCUCAGUGAACCAGUUUUUCCAGAAAAGGGAGGGAUCUUUUAUAGCUAUGCUUGAAGCUGCAAACCGAUUGCAAGUGACUAAUAAGUUAUUAAUUAGCGGUUUACCUCAUUGUAAGCAUACUUAAGUUAUAAACUUGAAU